UCGUCUGCCCAGUCUGCGCAUGUACACUGAACGGAUUGCGAAUUUCGACUGUUUUUUGCGUUAUGAAUGAAAACGGUGUCGAAGCGUCGGCAUUGUCACUGAAAUCGCCCUUCGCCGCUGACUAUCUAGAUCCCUACCAGGUUUCGUCCGCGUCAGGCGUCACUUCUACGCAAUCGAGCGACUGGAAAAUGGAGCGAAAGCGUCGUCGACGCGAAGAGGCGACUCUGCGCGAGCGAAAGCGCAUGCAUGUGCUCAAUGCGGCAUUCGAGCAACUGCAGGCUGCCCUGCCAUUCGUCCCAGAAGGCUCCCGCAUGCCCAAAAUGACCAUCAUGGAGUCGGCUCUCAAUUACAUUCAGGAUCUAAUGGAGAUGAUUGAAGACUACGACGCUGAGAAGAACGAAACGAAGAGAAACGUUGAUAAAGCUACUGCAACUGAUGAUGAUGGGGUUUGUCCUCCCGGUGAGGCCUACUGUCAGUGUCCUUGCCACAAUCGCAAGUACAUCUACUGAAAUUGGCAGUGGAAUUUGUUGGUACUAAGAUCGAUGAUCUAGCUGGUUGUAACCCAUGCGUGUUUGGGUGGCACGCCAGCAGUGUGACUUUGACUGGGGUGACACAACCCAACUAACGGAUGAAGAAAAUUACCAAUUACCCUUCUUGAUUGCUCCAUGGAAAGAAUAUCCUACUUCUAAACUUUAAUUGCUCUUCUAUUCUGUGGUAUGUGAGAUGUAUUGAUGAAUACACGUGUAAAUCUAUGGUAGUUGGGCUAUGGUGCUGUAGAUGUCCAGUAUCUCAUAUACAGAUUAAUUAAGUUAACUGGUGAGGA